CCUCCCGAGUAGCUGGGAUUACAGGAUGUUGAGAAAGAGAAGGAAACCCACAGUUACCUCAGCAAAGAGGAGAUCAAAGAGAAAGUUCAUAAAUACAACUUAGCAGUCACAGACAAGUUGAAGAUGACCUUGAAUUCAAAUGGGAUUUACACUGGCUUCAUUAAAGUACAGAUGGAACUCUGCAGACCUCCACAGACUUCUCCAAAUUCUGGAAAACUCUCUCCCAGUAGCAAUGGCUGUAUGAAUACACUUCAUAUCAGCAGCACAAACACUGUCGGGGAAGUGAUCGAGGCCCUGCUCAAAAAGUUUCUCGUGACUGAGAGCCCUGCCAAGUUUGCACUUUAUAAGCGUUGUCACAGGGAAGACCAAGUCUACGCCUGCAAGCUCUCAGACCGGGAACAUCCACUCUACCUGCGUUUGGUAGCAGGGCCCAGAACAGACACGCUUAGUUUUGUUCUUCGUGAACAUGAAAUUGGAGAGUGGGAAGCCUUCAGCCUUCCAGAACUACAGAAUUUCUUGCGUAUCUUGGACAAGGAAGAAGAUGAGCAGCUGCAGAACCUGCGGGGGCGCUACGCAGCCUACAGACACAAGCUGGAAGAAGCCCUCCGCGAGGUCUGGAAGCCUGAUUAAAGGGGGCUCCCUGCCCGCCAGGCCCGGUGCGGGGACCGAUGUACAAAACAACAGCAAGUGCCUCUCUUCUCAGAGGGCUGCUGUCUUGCCCCUCUAUGCUAGGGUCUUCCCCUUUCUAUCUGUAGAUUUUGUUCCCCAAACCUGGUCACACAGCAUCCUGCACCUUAGCGUCCCAUGUAAGGGGCGCUGCAAGCUUGUUGUUCAGCACCGCAGUGUUACCUCUUGGCAAGCUGUGAACCUGUAGCGUCAUCAGGAGCAUUCGAGGGUGCUUGGAAGCAUGAACUCUGGGGGUGUUUUUUUUUUUUGUUUUUUUAUUUGGUUGUUUUAAUUAUGUGAUGAUGCUGUUAAGCUUACGGAUAUGCUGUUGAUGUUUUAAAAAGCUUAACUAGGAAUCUUUCUGAAUACUUGUCCUAUUUUGAAACUACCUGUCUGGUUUUUGUUUUCUUUUCUUUUUUUAAUGUCAGAGGAAUCUAUCCAUGUGAAUCGAAAGGCACAGGAAUCUAGGAACUCUGAGGAAUUUAUUGUGAAGGAUUUUGUUAGGGGUUGACACGAAAGGAAAGUGUAAGUUUGGAAGAAGGCAU